AGAGCGUCAAGGCAAAAGAUAGUGUCAAAAGAUGGGUCUCAAAUCGUUCGUUGAUGUGCCUCGGGAUUCGCACUUCCCUCUGGAGAACCUCCCCUUCGGCGUCUUCCGCCCCGCCGGCGGCGAGCCGGCGAGGCCCGGCGUCGCCAUCGGUGACUAUGUGCUUGAUCUCGCUGCCAUUGCUUCCGCUGGCCUCUUUGACGGUCCCGUCCUUGGGAAUCACUCCCAGUGUUUCCUCGAGUCUUCUCUGAACUUGUUCCUCGGAAUGGGCCGUCCGGCUUGGAAAGAAGCUCGCUUGACAAUCCAGAGAUUGUUAUCAGCUGAUGAACCAACACUGCGUGACAAUGCGAGCUUGAGAAAGAAGGCCCUUUUGCCAAUGAGUGAAGUUGAGAUGCUUCUACCUGUUGUGAUUGGAGACUACACAGAUUUCUUUUCAUCUUACUAUCAUGCAAAGAACUGCGGGACCAUGUUUCGGGGUCCUGAAAAUGCCGUUUCUCAAAAUUGGUAUCACCUUCCUAUUGCUUAUCAUGGAAGAGCAUCCUCAGUUGUUAUCUCUGGAACAGAUGUUAUACGGCCUAGAGGUCAAGGUCAUCCAGUGGGCAAUUCUCCUCCUUAUUUCGGGCCUUCGCAGAAGAUGGAUUUUGAACUGGAAAUGGCUGCUAUAGUUGGCCCAGGAAAUGAGUUAGGACGACCUGUAGGUGUUGAUGAGGCAGCAGAUCGGAUAUUCGGACUUGUUUUAAUGAAUGAUUGGAGUGCCAGGGAUAUCCAAGCAUGGGAAUAUGUACCGCUAGGACCUUUUCUUGGAAAAAGCUUUGCCACAACAAUAUCCCCUUGGAUUGUGACUCUUGAUGCCCUGGAGCCUUUUGUUUGUCCAGCUCCAAAGCAGGAUCCUCCUCCUUUGCCAUACUUAGCUGAGAGUAAGCAUACAAACUACGACAUUCAUCUUGAGGUUUGUAUCAAGCCCGCUGGACAUGAACAUCCAUCAAUUGUCACUAAGAGCAACUUCAAGCAUCUAUAUUGGACAAUUUCGCAACAACUUGCACAUCAUACCAUAAAUGGAUGCAAUUUGAGGCCCGGUGAUAUGCUGGGCACUGGGACCAUCAGUGGACCUGAUCCCGACUCUCUUGGAUGCCUGCUUGAGUUGACAUGGAAUGCGCAAAAUCAACUUACCUUGAAUGGAACUACUCGGAAAUAUUUAGAAGAUGGAGAUGAGGUCACCUUUACUGGAUACUGCAAGGGAAAUGACUACAAUGUAGGAUUCGGAACAUGCACUGGCAAGCUCCUUCCUUCAAUUCCUUAAGAUCGAUCACUUCAAGAUCAAAAUGCGCAGAGUUUCGAUUCUUGAACUUUGUAUCUGAUAAUAAACGGUGUAUACGGGAAACUCGUUGUAGCUUUUUAAGUAUUAUGCUUUAAAUACUGUUUAUUGUACUUAAAUCUUUGGGACAUCAGGCAAAUAAAUUUAUGGCUUGCUUUGUACA